AACUUAUGAUAAUGGUCAAGGUGACACAGACUGAGCGUGUUACUAAAUCUGAAGAUUUACCUCCUCACAACACAGUCAUUAAACAGCAAUCUUUUUAGACCGCAAUGAUGUCCAUAAAAACUGCUAUAUUAUUUGUAUUAAGUAUUUUAAUUCAAGCAUACGGUCUUCCUCCAGCUUCCCCAGAAAGUUCUGCAAAGGAGGAAUCACUACUCAGCACUGUGAAAGAUGGACAACUUCAAGAUUUUUUGGCUCACUAUAUUGAAUCUCACAUGUCCGUGGAACAGUUUAUGAUGGAUGUUAAAAUGAUGGCUGAUAAACUACAAAACUGCAAUCAUAACAAGAAACAACAAAUGUUUGAACAAGCGGCUCUGCAGUUCGGUGAUUUUAAAGCUUGCAUUAACGCCACAGUAGAUAUUGCGGACCUGGAACAGUUUCUGUUUCACUUGUACGAAUUUGUGCUGUCUAUUAAAACCGAAGUUGUUACCUUCGUGAAGACUGUGUUCAGUUGUCGUAAUGAGACAAACAUUUUCGGUGAUUUGAAAUGUGUUGUUUCUGCAAUCCAAGACCAAGGUCCAGCGGUUAAUGUGAUCUUAACAAAUGCGACAAGUCUAAUUAACGAACUGGAGACUGAUUCUGAGGAUUUGAUAAAAGAUGUAGAAAAAUGCUUUGGAUUCAAAAAAUCAGAAUUGGUUCUCAAAGUUAUUGACCUUCUAAUGAAAAAACUGCUAAAAGAUCAACUUAGAUCAACUUGAAAUAUUUACGCCAGUGGCAUAUAUAAGGGGAGGGAUCCAGGGUCUAGACCUCUCUGAACCAUUGUAAAUUAUACAAAACGUACUAAAAAUUAUUUUUAAGCUGGGCUUAGAAAUAUUUACCAAUGAUAUUACUUCGUUUCAAUCACUUUGCUAAGAUUAAUAAUCAUAAGACUAUUUCUCUGGACUCCCUCCCCCCCAAAUGCCACUGAUUCAAACAUUGUAAUAUAUUAAGGUAGAUAUAAAUAUUGUAUGUAAACCCAUCAGUAAAAAAAAAUAUUUCUACUAUAAAAAUGUUUAUUUCUAUCUAUAAUCCAAGGUGAGUGAUGUUAUUACAUCAAAAUAUGUGUAUAUUUUGUAAUUAUAGAAAAUUGAUAUUACACGGGAUAUAUAAUUAAUCUCACACUUGUACUAAUUUUAGCCAGAUUUCGUAAAAUGCCCACGAUAUAAAAUGUCGAACUUUUACAUAAAUACAUUUUUAUCUCGAUUAUGAUCCAAUAUAAAAAGAACAUUCAUAAAGAUAAUUCAUUUAUAUAAGCAAAUUAUGUCUUUUAAUGAUUAUAAAUAAAUGUUUAUGGUGAUUAUGACUACA